AUGCCAUUUAAAUCAUUACCGGGAUAUUUUCAUGCAUACCCAACCCAUGAAUCUAUCAAAACACCCAUUGACUCAUCCAAAGAAGAUCACUUGAAACUAACAAACAAUUUUAAAUCAUGGCAACAAUUAUACAACUCCAUCCCAAACGAUACCCCGACAACAUCAUAUAAAUUAGUAAUCCUAGCGAGACAUGGUCAAGGGUACCAUAACGCUGCGAUUGAUAGGUACGGUAUGGCCCGAUGGGAUGAAUACUGGUCAUUCUUGAAUGGUGAUGAGUUUGGUGAAUGGUUAGACUCCAAGUUGACUCCUCUUGGGGUGAGGCAAGUUCAAACCAUUGGAGAGGAGGUUUUAUUGCCUAUCUUCAAGGAUUUAGGAAUUUUACCUCAUGUGUUUUUCAGUUCUCCUAUGAGACGUUGUUUAGAGACUUUCAUUGAAUCAUGGACAUGUAUUUUCAAUGAGGUCGCUCAUAAUCAUCAAGAUGGCGGUGAUGGUGGCCGUAAUGUGAAGGAAAAGGUCAAGAUUCACAUCUUGGAAAAUAUUAGAGAGACUUUAGGUGAACAUACUUGUGAUAAACGAGUGACCCAUUCUAUUGCUGUUGAUGAGUACCAAAAUUAUGAAUUAAAAUCUGGUCAUGUAAUAAAGUGGAAAUAUGGUCAAGAUUAUCCUGAAGAGGAUACUCUUUGGUUACCAGACCAUAGGGAAACCAAAGAAGAAAUGGAUAUUAGGAUUCAUGGUGGAUUAACUGAAUUGUUCUCGAGAUUAACAGACGAACAACGUUUCGUAUCGAUAACUUGUCAUUCGGGCGUUAUUGGUAGUGCUUUACGUAAUUUGAAACAUCCUCCAAUAUUGAACCUUGAUACGGGGAAAAUCGUGGCUACGGUCGUUGAAAUAAAGAAGAGCAAUUUAAAUGCGUACGAGAGAGUUAAUUAA